AUGAUAAUCGAGUCCGAGUCUGAUAAGCUUGAGUUUUUUUUUCUGGUGAAAAGUGAAGCAUCGAUAAGCGUCUUUUCCAAAAACGAACUUUGGACAAGAAUAACUUGCAAGUUUCUUGGUUUCACUGGCAUGCUACGCCUAGUACUGCGCGUUGAUAAUAUUGAUUCCGCCACAUCUUGCACGCAAAAUACAAUGCAACGCGCCCCGCAUCAAAUGAACAAGGAUCCAUAA